AUGCAGCACAGGAGCGCCACGGACGACCCCCGCUGCAGCCUGGUGAGACCCGACGGCUGCAGCUCCCACUGUGGCUACGGCACACUGCACGGUGCAGCUGCCCAGGUGCCACGGCCCAGCAGCACAGCUCGGGACAGGAACAGCACAGCCAACGUCUUCAGCGACGGCUGUACGAGGAUAGAUUUUGUCCUGGUGUGGGAAACCGUCCCCUGUGAGCUGAGCAGGCAGCAGCACAGCCCUGAGGCCGGCGCGGUGCAGGGGGGAUCGGCCGCCAUCCACAGCACCUGGAGGAAGAAGUUUCUGGACGAGCUUCAUGCCGCCGGGAUCCACAUGGAAAAGCACGUCACCCACGGCGGGAGGAAGCUGGUGCAUUACGCGCUGCUGAGCGCGCCCUGGCCGCUGCUCUGCCGCUCCGCCGAGGAGCUGCGGCUCCGUGUGCCGCUGCAGGCGCUGCCCCGGGAGGGCUCCGGCCGCUCGGCGCCGGUGCCGCGGCGGCUGCGCAUCCCCAGCCCCACGGCCCAGGAGCUGCCCGACCCGCCGCCGGACUUCUACACCUGCCCCUUCAAGGCCAGCAAGCUGAGCUGCUUCCUGGGGAGUGAUGAGCACGACACCUUCUUCUCUGCAACGCAGCGGCACCAAAUUCUCUACGAGAUCCUGUCCACGACCCAGUACGGCCCCUCCAGGGAGCGGGAGGUGGGGCUGGACCGGCUCCUGAGCCAGAACGUCUUCAGCGCCGCCUUCCCGCUGCACGAGGGUCCCUGCGAGCCACGGCCGGAGGAGCUGGCUGCCGGCAGCCUCAGCCAGCGACAAGUGCUGUUCCAGUACUGGGCCAGCUGGAGCAAGUGGAGCAAGUACCAGCCGCUGGAUCACAUCCGCCAGUACUUCGGGGAGAAAGUCGCCUUCUACUUCGCCUGGCUGGGCUUCUACACGGGGUGGCUGCUGCCCGCUGCGCUGCUGGGGAUGGGGGUGUUCAUCACAGGCGUUUUCCUGGCCUUCCAUGACGUGCCCUCGCAGGAGAUCUGUUCCAGCAGAGAGCAGAUGUGUCCCCUCUGCAAAACCUGUCCAUACUGGCAGCUCUCCCAAGCCUGUGGCAUGUUCAUGGCUGGACGUCUCUUUGACCACGGCGGGACCAUCUUCUUCAGCAUGUUCAUGUCCCUGUGGGCAGUGCUGUUCCUGGAGUUCUGGAAGCGGACCAGCGCGUCCCUGGCUCACCACUGGACCUGCUCUGAGCUCGAGGACAUCGAGGAGCGGCCACGGCCGCAGUUCAGGGCCACAGCCCCCAUGACGACGCUGAGCCCCGUGACGGGGCUGGAGGAGCCGCACUUCCCCCCGCGCAGCCGCCUCCGCCGCAGCUUGGCCGCUUCCCUGGCCGUCGUGAUGAUGAUUGCCGUGGUGCUGAUGUUCCUGGUCUCCGGCAUCCUCUACCGGGCUGUGGUCGCCGUCCUGCUCUCCAGCUCGCGGCACUUGUGGUUCCUGGCUUGGCCCUCCCGCAUCGCCAGCCUCACCGGCUCCGUGCUCAACCUCAUCUUCGUCCUCAUCCUCUCCAAGAUCUACAUUUCCCUGGCUCAUUUCCUCACCCAGUGGGAGAUGCAUCGCACCCAGACCGAGCACGAGGACGCCUUCACCUUCAAAGUGUUCAUCUUGCAGUUUGUCAUCUUCUACUCCUCUCCCAUUUACAUCGCCUUCUUCAAGGGCAAGUUCGUCGGUUACCCUGGGCACUACCUGAGCUUCCUGGGGGUCCGCAAUGAGCAGUGCGGCUCAGGCGGCUGCUUCAUCGAGCUGGCACAGGAGCUGCUGGUCGUCAUGGUGGGGAAGCAGAUGAUCAACAACGUGCAGGAGGUGGCCGUCCCGAAGCUGAAGUGCUGGUGGCACAAGCACAAGCUCCUCUCCAGCAAGCAGGCGAGCGAGGAGGAGGGGUCAGCCCUGGUGAAGCAACCACCCUGGGUGAUGGACCACCAGCUGCUGGCGUUUGAGGGGCUGUUUGACGAGUACCUGGAGAUGGUCCUGCAGUUUGGCUUCAUCACCCUCUUCGCGGCGGCCUGUCCCCUGGCACCCCUCUUCGCCCUGCUCAACAACUGCCUGGAGAUCCGCGUGGACGCGCGCAAGCUGGUCCGUGACCGCCGGCGGCCGGUGGCGCAGCGUGCGCGGGGCAUCGGUGCGUGGCUGCGCGUCCUGGAGGCCACCGCUCGCCUGGCCGCCGUCAGCAACGCCCUGCUCAUCGCCUUCACCUCCGACACCCUGCCCCGGCUGUACUACGCGUACGCGCAGGACCACAGCCUGCGCGGCUUCGUGAGCUUCACCCUGGCACCGGCGCCGCGGGACUUUGUCCUGCAGAGCAACAGCACCUGCAGAUACCGAGCAUUCCGGGACCGGGACGGUAACCUGACCGUGACCUUCUGGCAGCUGCUGGCCGUACGCUUGGGCUUCAUCAUCGUGUUUGAGCACGUGGUGCUCUGUGCCAGCCGUGGCAUCGCGUGGCUGGUACCCGACGUCCCCGAGGCCCUGCAGCUCAAGGUGAAGCGUGAGCGGUACCUGGCCAAGGAGGCCCUGGCUGAGAACAAGGUCGUGUUGGAGAGCCGGGAGACACGGAGCAAGGCCGGUGUCCUGGGCCUGGCUGCAGCUGGGGGCUGGGACAGCGAGCGGUUUGCCAGCAGCUGA